AUGCCUUCUAAUGAGCCCCUAGAUGCUUUGGCCACCAAUGGCAACAAAUCUAUUCACUCCUUGGAUCUACCACAACUUUACAAACGCCCAUCAUUCUUGGAGCUAUUGCAAGUACUGGAACUACUAAAGCUUCCACCCCCAUCUUGGAAUUCGAAAUCUAGGAGGUCCCAAGAACCCGAUGAUGCUCAAGGCAUAUCUCGUUACUUGACUAAAAUCAUUGGAAGCGGACUUGAUUGGCUGUCGAUAGGGGUAUCUGAAGAGGAAUGGGAACAAAGAUGUGAACUCAUUCAUGAGCUUGCUAGCAAGAGACUCGCCGAACGCUCCAUGCCGGAGAUGACUCGUACUUGGGUCAUCCCAACAUCUGAACAUUCAACUGACCUCACUAUCGAACUAUGUGAACCUCCACUUACCGGUGAUAGCUUGGGUCUCAAAACGUGGGGUACUUCUUUUGUGAUGGCUAAGAAGCUUGAAGAACUAGGGAACCUAUAUUUUGGUAAUAUACUUGCCGAUGGUCGGUUGAUUGAACAAGGAUUUGUAACGUCACAAAAUGGUCUAGCUGUGGAAAGCGGAAUGACAGUGAAGAUUGAGUUGACAAUGGGGAGUGACGAAAUGAUGAGUAACAACACAACGAUAAAUGUCGAUCCAACAAAGAAAGGGAGCAAGAUAUUGGCUCGUAUAUUGGUGGACGAAAUUGAUCCAACGCAAAAUGAACAGCUCUCGGGUAAUCACUCUCGUAAUAAAGGCAGAAUCUUGGAGCUCGGUUCGGGGACUGGACUUCUUGGGCUGACAGCUGCUAUGCUUUGGAACAGGACCACAAUCUUGACUGAUCUUCCGGAUAUCGUUCCAAACCUGGAUAUUAACCUCAAGAGAAAUGGGUUUGGUCAAACGCCCGAGAAUAAUGCCACUGCAGCUAUCCUAGAUUGGAGCGAUGCAGAGCACUCUGUAGUUUUCAGUCAGAAUCUGAACGAUAAAUUUGAGAUGAUUCUUGUUGCCGAUCCCUUCUAUGACACUCAUCACCCCGCUCUUCUGGCCGGGGUUAUCCCCAAAUUCCUGAAGAAUAGUGGAGACAGUCGUGUGUUGGUGUCAGUUCCGCUAAGAGACAAUGCCACAAGAGCGAUGAAGAGUAGCUUUGAGGAGUUGAUGUCCAGUCAAGGGUACCAAUUAGUGGCUAGUGGGAUGGAACGCUGUUUUGACGACUGGGAGGAAUCAGAACAGGACGAUAUCGAUGGCGUUUACUGCUGGUGGGGUAUCUGGAAGCAUGCUGUCGCAACAUCUACUCCUAUGUGCCUCUAA